AUGUCACGUUUUUUCUCUCGUGGGUAUCACUAUGAUAGUGCUACAUCAAGUGAAGAAGAGGAGUUUAUGUCCUCUUCUGAGGAUGACUUAGUUGCAUCCUCUUCAUCUAAUGAUGAAGUAGAAUCCGAAGACUCCUUUUUCAAUGAUUCUGAGUCUGAUUUUGGAGAGACCGAUGAUGACGACUCGGACAGUAAGCCAUAUGGGCCAGAUUGGUUUAAGAAGCCUCAAUUCCGUAAAGGUGGUGCUACAGGUGCUAGCCGUUUCCUAAAAGGUAAUGACUCAGGAUCCGAUAACUCCGACGGUGAAGAAAGUAAAAAAGUUGUCAGAUCUGCAAAGGACAAGCUUCUUGAUGAGAUGACUGCAUCUUACAGUAAGAUCGAUGCUGCCGAUUUGACUCAAGACUGGGUAACUAUCCUUGCUGAAUUUGAGAACAUCAAUAGACUAGUUGUGAAGGCACAACAGCAAAACUUCGGUACUCCAAAUGUAUUUGUAAGAGUGCUUGCUCAGGUUGAAGACCUUGUUAAUGCGAAUGCACAAGCUAACAUCAAACAUAAAGUGGCGGCUAAAGCUUUCAAUACAGUGAGGCAGAGAUUAAGGAAGGCUGCUCGCGAGAACGAGGAAUUGUUGGCCAAGUUUAGGGAAGACCCUGCUUCUUUUGAGAAAGAAGCAAAUGCUGAUGUGCAAACUAAUGACAUGGAUGUUCCUGUGCUUGGAAGAAGAAAUGCAGAUGGAGAGCAUGUUAAAGUUGCACACUCUGAUUUCUAUAGUGCUUUGCGUAUGGUCAUCGAAUCCAGAGGUAAAAAAGGUACCGACAUUCAAGCUCAGAUCAGGACUAUGGAAGAACUCGUAGAUAUUGCUCAAACCCCAUAUGAGUCCAUUAUCGUUUACUUGAACUUGAUACCUAUUAGAUUUGAUGCCACCUCUAAUUUGACCUAUCAGCCAUUGGAUCAAUGGAAGGCCAUUCAUGCUAAUGUUUCUGAUCUCCUCACUACAUUGGAAGCAAACAUUGACAGUUAUCAUGUUACUGAAAUUGCUCCUCGUAACGAAUUUAUAGAAGAAGAGCCUCAACCUAACGAAAACGGUAUUAGAGAGAUAUUGGGCUCAGUGUUUUCGUUUGUGGAACGUUUGGAUGAUGAAUUUAACAAAUUCCUGCUACAUACUGAUCCUCAUUGGAGUGAUUAUUUUGAGCGUUUAAAGUAUGAGCAAGUUAUUUACAAUUUGAUUGUGCGUGCUCAAUUAUACUUAGAGAAGGUUCUAUUAGAGCGUGUUCAACCAGAUCAUGUCGGUAAGUACAUGGCACGCGUAUUUAUCCGGAGGUUAAACCAUAUUUACUACAAGAAGGCAAAACAUGUUGCAAUUAUUGAAAGUAAUGCCUGGAAAUCACUACCAAAUGAUUGCUCCAAAAUCAUCAAGUAUUCAAGUGACCCUGAAUAUACUUCCAACUUGAUCGAUAGGCUUUGUACCCAUGUUGCAGCUUCACCAGAUCACUUGUUGAAAAAGCGUGCCAUUCUGUACCACAUCUAUUACUUUGCAUUGAACAAUGAGUUUACCAAGGCUAAAGAAAUGCUGGUGCAAUCCAGCGUCAGAAAUUCCAUUAAUUCUCUGGACCCAUCUAUACAAAUCUUAUUCAAUAGAGUCAUUGUUCAAUUGGGUAUUGCUGCAUUUAAGUUAUGUUUAGUGGAAGACUGUCAUGAAAUUUUGAAUGAAGUGUCUACAGCUCCCCAUCUGAGAGAUAUUUUGGGCCAACAAUCCUUGCUAAGAGCAUCCAGCAAUGUCGGUAACAACAAUAACACUCUCUUAUCCACUGACCAAGUAUGCCUUCCAUUCCACCAGCACAUUAAUCUAGACUUUAUUGAUUCCGUAUACAUGACUUGUUCUCUGUUGAUUGAAAUUCCACAUAUGGCUGCAUACUAUUCCGGUGUUAAGGUUAGAAGGCUUCCAUUUUCGCAGAAAUCCAUCCGUCGUGCAUUAGAAUAUUACGAAAAGUCUAACUUCCGAGGCCCUCCAGAGACUAUGAGGGAUCAUAUGGUCCACGCUGCGAAGGCAAUGCAAAAGGGUAACUGGGCUCAAUGUAUUCAAUACUUGAAAAGUUUAUCCACUUGGUCGUUGUUAGGUGAAAACGCUGAUGAAGUCUUCAUGAAGUUAAGUGAAAGAAUUCAAAUUGAAUCUUUAAAGACUUACAUUUUCACUUACAAAAGAUUCUACAGUAAACUAUCAGUUCCUAAGUUAUCAGAUUUCUUCAACUUACCUCAGGAACAGGUUGUCAAUGUUAUUGAAUCGAUGUGUGAAUCCUUUAAUAUCAAGGGAACUUUGAAUGAAACCAAGGAAAUGCUUAUCUUUGAAAAGGGUGAUGAGAUUACUAAAUUAGAAGAAGCUGUAAUCAAGUUGAAGAAAGAUAUGAAACACAGAAGUGAUCGUUUGAACAAUAAUAUUGUCCAACGCUAA